UUGUGAGAAAGAAGAAAAUGAACCGGUGAAAUGUGAAGAGACAACAACAAUCUUUCUUUGUACUAUCUUGUAACUUGGGUUUGUUGAAGUGAUCUGAAAUGGUGAAUGCAUCACUCUUAUCUCCGGCAACCCCACACUUCUUCCAGCCGCUUCUUUCCCAUUCCAAGAGUCACCUGAAUAUUCCUGCCAAGUUCUUCUCCGGACACAUUGAGGGAAAACAGGAGGGCAAGACGGUAACGUUGAGAUCUGAUGCCUCGGAGAAAACAUGGAAAGUGGAGAUGAAAGGCCAAAGACUCACUCAAGGUUGGAAGGAGUUCGUUGAGGCACAUGCUCUUCGAGUCGGUGACUUUGUCGUCUUUAGACUCGAACGAGACAUGCUGUUCAAUGUCACUGCUUUAGGAUCCAGCUACUGUGAGAUCCAAUACACACCCUCUGGUAGUCGCCGCCAAGAAGAGGAAGAAGAGAGUGUUGGAACAGAAAAAGAAGUUGAGAAGAAUCUGACAAGGUUUGUGACUUUAACUCCUACGUCAAGCAGUUUUGAGACCGGUAAACAGCAUUUACCAGCAAAUUUCACGAGAGGGAACGGACUCAUCAAGCCGGGGAAAAUAAUUAUGGUAGAUAAAAAGGGUGAUGAGUGGGUAAUGGAGCUUAAGGUUGGAAAAACAAACGUAUCUAUUAUGUACAUGUACAUUAUGAGUCGUAAUGGCUGGAGAAUCUUCUGUGACGUGAAUGAAGUAAGAGCAGGGGAGUCUCUAACUUUGGAGUUGAUCAGAGGAGGCGAAAGUCCUAUGCUCAAGUUCUGCUCCGAGAUGGAGCAGGCACCAUUUGAAGCAGAGGCUUGUGCUCACAAACGAGCUAAAUGGAGUCAGGAAAUAAGGGAGAAAACAACUGAAGAAGGAGAACCCUCUCAUCGCGCUAGGGCAUCUAACAAAACCAAUGCAAAUCAAGAAAACUUACAGAACAAGCAACCUUGCUCUGUCUCAGAUCUGUUGACUGAGGUGAAACAUAGCGUUGUAAGUACUUUAACUAGUAUCAGACAGUGUCGUGAAGAGCUAAAGACAAAAGAACAAGAACUAGAAGAUUCAUUGCAGGAAAUCAACAACUUAGAGAGGAAAAUACAAAGGAAUAAAACAACAUCCUCAAGUAAUAACUAAGUUUAAAUGUGGAGUUGAAGAUCAUCCAGACUUUUGUAAACUCUGUUUUAUUUGAAGUAUUUGUUUCAAAAAAGAUUUUCUCAGACUUUUAGUGCUGGAGAAUUAGAUUGUAGUUACCUAGUCCAUUAGUUUGGCUCUUGUUUCCACCGUUUAGUCCCACUGAUCUAUUAUGCUAA